AUGACAUCUGCACCGUUUGCCUUCUGUUUGACAUGUUUGUUAGUUUCAAUGGCUCAGAAAAUUCAUCUGACAUCUUCAUCAGUUAAUCAAGAAGGUAGUUUUAUAUCAGCUCAUGUUGGAGAUAGUGUCACUUUAAGGUGUUUUUAUGACAAUGUAUCAUUCCUCUACUGGUACAUGCAAUCACUGGGAGACAAACCAACACUUAUAUCUACCUUUUAUGUAUACAGCACGCAAAUCACUUUUUAUGAAAAAUUCAAUAACAAUUCCCGCUUCACAUUGGAUACAGAAAAUGGUAAUUAUCACCUGACAAUUUCAGAUCUGAAACGUUCAGACUCUGGUACAUACUACUGUGCAGCUCAAAAGGUCAUGGUUGUGAAUUUUGCGGAGGGUACCGCAGUCAGUGUGAAGGAUUCAGAUUUAAACAUCCAGGCAUUGAUCCAUCAAUCGUCAUCUGAGACCAUCCAGCCAGGAGACUCGGUGACUCUGAACUGCACAGUACACGCUGGGAGCUGUGGAGGAGAACACAGUGUUUACUGGUUCAAAGAGUCAGAAGAAUCUCAUCCAGCCCUCAUUUACACCCAUGGAGGCGGGAAUGAUCAGUGUGAGAGGAAACCCGACUCAGAAAUUCACACUUGUAUGUACCACCUGCCGAUGAAAAACCUGAAUGUGUCUCAUGCUGGGACCUACUACUGUGCUGUUGCUUCAUGUGGACACAUACUGUUUGGAAACCAGACCAAACUGGACUUCACAUCAGGUGACUCUGUUCUGGUGUAUUUCUUGACUGGAACCUUGACGUUCACCUCCAUCCUCGUAGUUGUACUUAUUUUCCAAAUGUACAAGAUGAGCAAAAGAAUUCAAUCUGCAGGUACAAAAAUGAAGACUAUAAAGGCUUUUUCUCUCCACACAGCUAGUCCACAAUAUGCUGCUUUAGAUCUUAACCAAGCCAACAGAUCCAGAAGACAGAGGAGCACCAUCAACAGCGAUUGUGUUUAUUCCAGUGUACAGCUGCAGUGCUGAACUUGUUUAGCUGUUCAAGGAAUAUAUGUUUGAUAUCCAGGUAGAUAUACAUUCGUUUGUGCUUCACCUUUUUUUUCGCGGCC